AUGCGUGAUAUUAUCUAUAUAACAUCAUCAGAACUUCAUAAAUCUCUUGAUAAUAUUGAAAAAAUUCGUCAUCGUUCAAAUCUUGUUGAUGGACUUAUUCAAGCAUAUGACCUUGAUAAACAUCAUCAUUUUCGUUUUAUACAACCACAAUUAGCAACUGAUAAUGAACUUACAUCAGCACAUGAUAGAGAUUAUUUAGAUUUUUUAAAUUUUAUUUCAAAUAUAGAUCCUAAUCAUGAGCAAUUAUAUAAAGAACAAUUAAAUUUUUAUAAGAUAGGAUAUGAAUGUCCACCAUUUGAACAAUUACCUUCGUUUUGUAAAUGGAUUGGAGGUGCAUCGAUAACAGCUGCUAGAUAUCUAAAUCGUUCUAGUAAUAAUAUUGCUAUAAAUUUUUUUGGUGGUUGGCAUCAUGCAAAACGAUCUGAAGCAUCUGGAUUUUGCUAUGUUAAUGAUAUUGUUAUGGCUAUUAAUGAACUUCGAAAAAAAUUUGAUCGAAUAUGCUAUAUCGAUUUAGAUUUACAUCAUGGUGAUGGAGGACUUGAUGAAAUAGGUGAAACAUGGGGACGUGGUUUUAAUAUAAAUGUACCAUUACGUCAUGGUAUUAAUGAUGAUCAAUAUCUUUCAUUAUUCAUGCGUCUUUUACCAAAAAUAAAUUCUUCAUUUCAACCAGAAGUUUUUGUUGUACAAUGUGGUGCUGAUACAUUAUUUGGUGAUCCAAUGAAAUCAUUUAAUUUAACAACGAAAUCUAUUAUUAAUUGUAUUGAACAAAUAAUUAAUUUAAAUAAACCAAUGCUUUUAUUAGGUGGUGGUGGUUAUAAUAUAGCGGAUACAGCUCGAUUAUGGACAUCAAUCACUGGUAUUUGUUUAAAUGAAACACUUGAUAAUGAUAUACCUGAACAUGAUUAUUUUUCAUACUAUGGUCCUGAUUUUACACUUGAAACGUGGCCAGGAAAUCGAACAAAUAAAAAUAGUCAAAAAUAUAUAGAUAGUUUAUUAGAUUAUAUUGAACACAAUCAAAUCGACAUUAUAAAACGUCAAAUUCGUCAAUAA